GCAGUCGGCACUAAAAAAUUAGACGACAAGACUUGUGUAUGUGUUGACCCGCACCAGAGGCCCUCAAAAGUGCGCGCGCGUGCUUGCGUGCGUGCGUGUUUUCCUCAGUUUCCCGGCAUGCACCACUUUAUUUAGAGCUGUAUCUCCGGGAGAUGACAGACACAGCCCUGUUUCUCUGCUCCAGUGAGGAGACAAAACCCAGAAAAUCUCUCCUCUCGGCAUCCCGCAAGCAGCGGAACCAGCCCCAUCUCUACCCAUCAGACAUACACUAAUCUCAGCCCGUCUUUCCGGUCUCCUGGGCGUGAGUGAGUGAGUUUAUUUCUUCAUGUAAGUCUGUGACCGUGUAUCAUCAUCAACAUGGCCUCUAGUGUUACCUUGGAGAAUCAACUGCACAGUGCACAGAAGAACCUGCUGUUCCUGCAGCAAGACCAUGCCAACACACUGAAAGGCCUACAUGCUGAGAUCCGCCGCCUACAGCAGCACUGCACAGACCUGACAUAUGAGCUGACGAUGCGGAGCUCUGAUCCAGGCGAUGAUGGUGAGGCUCGCUGCAGAGAGCUGCAUCAGCGUUGUGAGGAGCUGGAGGCUCAGCUGAAGGCUAAAGAGCAGGAAAACACGGAGCUCCUGCGAGAUCUGGAGCAGAAGAACGCCAUGAUCUCUGUGUUGGAGAACACUAUCCGUGAGCGAGAGAAGAAGUACCUGGAUGAGCUGAAGUUGAAGAGCCAUAAGUUGGCUGUGCUGUCUGGAGAGCUGGAGCAGAGAGCCAGCACCAUUGCCUACCUCAACUCCCAGCUCCACGCUACCAAAAAACGCCUUCUCGCCGGGGGCACGGCGAGUAUAAGCCCCUCGGUCAGCCCCGUCGGCUCUCUCAAACCCACCCCUCCUCCCGUUCCUGCUGCGUCAGGAAACGACAAAGACGUCCGGCAACCCGAGACCCCUCGCAGGCGCAUGCGCAAAAGUCUUUCGCAGCCGCUGCACUCUGAAUACACGGAGCUGUACCGGUUGGGCGCCACAGACGGCCGCAGGGUGGUACUGAGGGAUUCAGUAGAUGCCAUGCCAGAUCCCACACCAUUCCUGCAAGCCAGAGAGCCUGCGGCCCCUGUAGAGUCUCAGCCGGUGCUGCGGGAACGCCCCUCUGUAAUCCCGCCCAUUGCUUCUUCAGCCACACCCCCUGCACAAUUAAGCCCCGCCCACAACCCAGUGCCCCCGAGUCCCAGGAAUAGUCCAGCGCGGGAGGGAGCCCAUGCCCGUGCUAAUGUGCAUAUAGGAGUGGCGCAUCGGAUCCACCGUUCACCCUCAGCAGGUGGAGGUGCAGCCCGGCAACAGGCGGAAGUGGAGACCCUCGCAGUGGACCAGGUCAAUGGGGAGCAGGUGGUGCGCAAACGCUCGGGUGCAGACAGAACUGUUUAAGACUGACGUAUGGCGCACAUUUACACAUCCUAAAACAGAUAGUAUAUAAAUAUAGACGUAUUAAGACCAAUGCAGUAUAUGCAGAGAUCUUUAUGACUGUGAAAACACAAACAAACAUUGACAAACAUUGAUACAGAUGCUCAAAUCAUCAACAUAUCACCAACAACCUUGUCAAUAAACAUGUAAGACACGAACACACACUACAGAUUUAAACAACUAACAAACACAAUAGCACGGCACAACCCUGGGAUAUGCUGAACGACACACACUGGCAAGUGAACAAGAUUUAGGCAAAGACUGGUUUUGUGAGUGGGAGAGAAUAUGUGUGUUUUAAAGGGAAAGAUGGAGAGACAACGGAUGGCAGCAAGAGCUUCUGUAUGUCCUGCUGCUUUUUAUGCAACACUGUAUAAACUCAAAUAAGAUGUAAAAGACUUUUGUUCAUGGUCAUUUGAAUGACUACUUUGCCUCACGUCGGUUGAGGAGGAGAACUGUGAGCAUGCCAAAUGUUUGUUUUUCUUUCCCAUUUGACUUUCAGCAACUUUCUGUUCUUCUCGUCAUUGACCGCCGGCUCCAAACACACACUCAUAUAUUGCCAAAUCUCAUCAUUGCCUGCUGAUUCAUUGUUCUAAUGCAUAUUCAUAUCUACCCAUAUUUAUACAUGAGCACUGCAGUAGUACUGGAAUCUCCACUCUUCUUCAACUCUCCUUCCCCUUUCAUUGACAUAUCUACAGGCUAAUGUGAACAAUCCUGCUUUUCCUUAUUAAAGACCUACAGAAAUCAGUGGUCUCAAAGAGGUCACCUCAGUUUAUAA